AUGUAUAAAUAUGGCAAUAUCAUCUCUCGACGUCGGCCUGCUACUGUGGAUUCCUCCCUUGAGGAAGAUGUCGGUGGUAGUUCUAUUAGGCGGCAUUUGCGUCGAAAACGCAUUAUUGAUCCUCUGUUUUCUAGGUCCUUUGUUGUUAUUGAGAUUGCUGAUAUUGACGACCCGCAAGCGGUAGAGGCGUCGGAUUUGCAUCGGCCGGGGGAGCCAGGCGUUAUGGGCACUUACUCCGUACCUCCAUGUGUUCCAGGUGAUACUCCGUCGGCAGCGGGUCAUUCGUCUGUGGGUGUUACUGGUGUGUAUCUCCCUGGGCGGAAUCUCAGACCCGGUUCUCUUUUGUCAGCACAGGAACCUGCCCGUGAGUGGUUGCUCCCUGGACUCGUAUGUGCUAAAUUUUCAGCAGAAGGUUAUGAUCCUUCGGACCCUUAG